UUUUGCAAAGUUUGAGCUCGAUAUUCGUAUAAAAUUAACAGAUUCGCAGAAAAGAAAAAAACUGCAUUUCUUCAACUUUGUAAAGGAAUCAGUUCACACUCGUCAAGGUGGAAAACAGCAAUUGCUAGGAAAAUAUAUAUUUUGGAGGUCUUACAGGAGAUAAAUAUAAAAAGUCAGGGGAGCCUCAUACGGGGUCGACGUCAUGUGGAAACAAAGAAUAACGAUUUAAUCCUCCUCCGUUUGAUCGAUUGUAUUACCAACCCUCACCCCCCUCCCUACUUUCAGUUGAUUAUUUUUCAAAUUUGUCAUAUUCUCUCUGCUUUGUUUUGUACUAAAUACAUAUUUUCCUGGUAACAUAAGCGAGUUUUUACAUGCAACAUUUACUGAAUCAGCCAUGACCAGGAUACCGAGGAUGAACAUCUCGCCACAAUCUUGCUUAACCUACUACGGAGGACGGUGGGAUACAUCACAAAAAGACUAGACAAACUUGAUAAAGUUAGGCAAAGUUUUAUUGCCGUAGCAAUUUUUAAAAUUGGUGUUGUUCGAAUUGCGUAGAAAAAGUGGAAAUAAAUGUAAAAUCUUCCUUUUCUAAGUUCUAGAAUUCUCGUCCCGUGGAUUUCAAAUGGCAGUAAAGAUUAAGACCAAGGGAAAGCUUAGUUUCUUUUGACUAGCUGUAGCUCAUCGAUGCAGGCGAAUUCCAGGAUCAUGAAACAUCUGUUUGAUGCACAUAACAGGAUGUUCGAGGUGGAAUAAAACAAAAAUGAAAACAAAAACCACGACCAUUUACUUGUUGUCGUUAAAGGCUGGUACCUGCUACGUAACUAUGAACGAGCACGUGCGUCCAUAGAUUGUUAAUCUUUGAAUGAACUUUCGCGGCGCUUUUUCUUAUUUCCUUUUGGAAACCUAUCUUUCCUGAUAACAGUGAGCGAUCGCAAAAUGCAUUUUUAAAACCACAUCAUUUUCAUAAUGGAUUCAAAGAGCCCUGGUAUUAUUCUAACGACGUUUACCGUUGUUCUGGUCGCCUGCUAUUCAACUGAACAGAAACAAUUUGACGACCUACCCGGACCGUGUGUUAUCAGAAGGACGAAACUACCACGUUUAGAACCAGUCAAGGUUGGCUAUGUUCGCCAAAUCGAGCUUACUAAGGACGAGAAGCCUUUUACGGUUAAGACAUUGAGCGUGAGACCCCCCAUAUUUGAAAUUCCUGACUUCCUGAGUGAGACCGAAACUACACGACUUCUUGAAUACGCAGAAAGUGGGAGACUGGAGAACAGUGACGUAUUUCAUAAUUCAAUGGAUACCCUUCUGUCCCAGAAUUCUUUUGAAUACUGGGAUCUCAAUCGAGAUGACGUAAUAAACAUAGACGAGGUCAUUGCUGGUAUGCGUUACAUCCGGGAUCUACAUUUCACAACAAACGAUGUAAAGAAGAUGUUGAAAUCGUUGAACGUUGGCAAACGUAAGCCGGGAAUGAUUCAUCGAAGUGAAUUUCAACCAGCUGAUGUCAUGAAGUAUGUUAAGGAAGUAGGAGGACUGGACCCCAAGGUCAAGGGUCGCCAUAGCAACCAAACGUUCAUUGAUUUUCCUGUAAAUGACAGAGUGGCAGUGACACUCGAUAUGAAAAAAGCUGCUCUGACAGGUCUUCCAAUAGAAGUAAUAAGAGGCAGUGAAACUCCAGUGGCUGUAAGAUACGGUCCCGACGGUCACUAUCACUGCCAUUACGACUCGCACUCUGUUAACACCAAGGAUUCUUGCUGUGAUCGCCGCUCAUUGGAUAAUUGCCGUGUCUGCAGGUACAUAACUAUUUUGUACUUUCUCAAUGAUGUCGACGAAGGUGGACACACAGCUUUUCCAAUCGCCGAUGAUGCCACAUUCAAGCAACAGUCAUGGACAAGGAAAUCCAAUUACAUCUCCAAUCUGAGCGCGUAUUGCUCUAAAGCUAACCUGAGGGUUAAACCAAAACGAGGCACCGCGAUUAUGUGGUAUAAUCACGUGAUAGAUAAAUCAACUGGCUGGUUGUCGGAUCUCGACCUCAUGUCCUACCACGGGGGAUGUGACGUCAUGAAGGGUCACAAGUGGAUUGUAAAUAACUGGAUAAAUGUCAUUGGAAAAAACUGGGAUGAUUUGCGAACAUGGAACGAUAAACAUUCUCCAAUAAAACGAGGACAAGGGCCUUAACACGAAGAGAGAUUAUGAACGUGUUGUUAAAGAAAAAAAGCCAGGUUAAGGUUAAUUAAGGUUUUAAAGGCAUUUUCUUGGAAUAGUUUAAAUAACCACGGAAAGGUUUUUCGGUGGCGAAUAAAACAGUUUUAUAAUAAAUGUUGUUUUAUCUUUUUUUAUCAUUUUAGCAUGGAGGCGCAAGCAUAAGCGCGCGAGAGAUCAGAAUUUUUCGAUUUUCAGACUUGCAUUUUGUGUUUCUCGGUGUUUCUAUGCCUUCUUGCGUUUAAGCUUAUGCUUGCGUCGCUGUAGAAAAUAAAUAAAUAAAUAAAUAAAUAAAUAAAACAGGCUCUCAACG